AUGAAGCAGAAAGCCUGCUUGAAUGUUGCAGCUAGGCUAGGAUCAGGUAUAAGCGAUCGAUUUGGUGUUUCGGUACUGGAGGGAUGUUUAGACGAACGAAUUCGACUUCUGCUGAGUGAUAUCGUGGAGAAACGCCCGAGGUCAUGCCUCCCAAUGACGAAGGCCACAUUUGUCGAGUUCGAUCCAUCCGGAGUCACAAUGUGCACGUUCAACUGUGAGGAUUCCCAAGCAGACGUGUGUUUCGUUCCAUGUGGUCAUCGUGUCGUCUGUAAGCAAUGCGCCAGAAGUACUCCAUUACGAAGAUGUCCGCUUUGUUAUCAACUUAUUGCCAAAGCCAUUUCGGAUGGUGUCGAGGUGCAAAUCGGUGCUGCACUUUCAAGAACUGCUGUCGUAUCCGAAGAAGAGCAGCGUC